UUGAUUAGCAAAUGUUGUGAUCAACAUUUGGAAAUUUAAAAUUUUUAAAUGCUUUUCAUUGUUAUUGUUACAAUUAAUCACAUUUCUAAAGUUAAUUUUAAAUUUUAAUCGAAUGAAAGUGAUCUCAUCUAUGAACCAACUUCCUUCAUGAGUGUUGUACCAUUCAGAAUAUCGCCAAUUUAAAAAUGUUCCCUUCUUUUCUAGAUCCCGAUGGUUUAUUUCGUGUUAAAAGGUUAUAUUCCGAAAUCAUCAACGGAGAUCAUAGUGCCGAAGCGGGAAUUAUCUUCAAAAGUUGGUACUAUUCUCUGGCCACUGGUGCAAUCAUCGGAUCAACCGUAGGAGUAAAACCUAUUUACGAUGAUUUUAAAGUUCGUUUCAAUGAAAUGCAAUUUCAGGGUAAAUCUGCUUAUGCCAGGAAACUACUCGAUUGUACUGUCGUUAGUUGUGGACGAAAUGGUAUUCGCAUGGCUUGGAGGGCUAGUCUACUAGUGACCUUAUUUACUGCAUCAGCCUGUACAUUAGCUGUUUAUCACAACGAUGUUAGAUUUAGUGAUUUAAUUUUCGCUUCUUCCAUUUCCGGUGCUUUCUAUUUUUUUCAUCGAGGACCUAAGGCCAUGUUUGCUGGUUCUAUUUUAUCUGGAUUAGCGGGAAUACCUAUCGCUGGUUUGGGAAAAUUAACUUUAUGGACUUCGGGUUUUUCUUAUUCCGAGUUCAGUGAUCGAGCUCGAGAUUAUUUUGAUGCCCCUGCGAUUGCAAGAAAGAAAUCUCAACAAAAGAAAGAAGAACAUUUUAAAAAUCUUUCAACAAUGCUUAGAGAUGAUUUUAAGAAUUACAUUUAUCAUCAAAGGCGAGUUGAUAGGUUGGAAAAAAUGGGAAUUGUUGAUGAUUCUUUUAAACAAUUGAAACCGGCCAAAGGAAUCAACCCAAAAGAAUUUGAGAAAGGCAACAAUUAAUUACCAUUAGACAAAAUAAUUUGUUUUAGUUGAAACUUGAUUGAAUAAAAUUGUAUUUAUCAAAGUGUAAAA